CCCUUCACCAUUGGGGUCGCGCGAACGUCUACAGUACUGCCGUUAGUCUUGAUGGACCCGGCAAAAAAGCGUUCAGCUUCUCAAGCAAAUCUGGCAUUUGCCAAUCGUCCAACCAAGCGUAGACAAGCUCCCCGUCAGCCAUCUUCGCAACCCUUUUCUCUCAGUAUAUUAUCGCUACCGAGUCAAGCACGCGUUUUGGACCUCGCCGGUAGUGCAUUCGCUUACAUGUCGAAAGCUUUGAAUGCAGAACCUACUCCUAUUAAUCGUGAAGAUGGUGUCGACGUUGAUAUUCCCGGAAGCUUCCCAGCGAGGAACCCAUCAGCAUUGGCAAACGGCGAGGCCAGCCCAGAAAAGAAAGAAGAGAGUGGAGGUGAAGAUGAAGAAGGUGACGAUCAGGAUGAGAGCUUGACGUACCAACGCGAAAUGUCUGAAGUUUUAACGCAAACACAUGACUCUUCGGAUGGUUCUCCUGUACCGGAUACUCCCCUUCAGUCUAAAGCGGGAUCUUCGUCUCCAAUGAGAGAUAUGUCUGUUUAUGGGACCACUUUUGCAUCGGAACGAUCCACGCCACUCUCCACCUCACCCCGAAAAGGUGCAAUAAGGAAGCCGGUCCUCAAAGUCGGGUUCAGGCAUCAUGCCCAUCCUCUUAAAAAGCAGCAUGAACUAGAGCAAAGGAUGAAACACACGAAAGAGCUCUUUUUACUGAAGCGAGCCCGCGGGUACUCCCAAGAUUUAUCGACAUUUCGAGGCGAGUUGUCGGCCGUGAUUAAUCCUGGCAUUAUUUCUCACGAUUGUGUAGGCUAUAUGAGCUAUCGCGAACACUUGGAAGCAUUCCUGGCGGCUACAGAUAAAAAGUUAAUACCUAGAUUCUCUACAAGCGAGCUGCUUGCUAAACGAAAUAAAGAACGGGAUGAGGAAAUUGAACGACGAUUACGACCUAAGCUACCGGACUUUUUACCUCCCGAGGAUGAGCAAAAGGUCAAACAGUCACUUACAAAUAAAUCGUUCCUCGCCAAAGUGGCAAGAGAACAAGUGACGGCUCAGGAUCUCUCCAGACUAAGACCCGGACAAUGGCUCAAUGACGAGAUUAUCAAUUUAUACGGCGCCAUGAUCUCUGAACGAGCGGCAAAGUUUGAAGAAGCACAGUCCCAAAAGCAAGCAUUUAGCGAGGGUACUGGCGUUAAUGGGUAUGGCCAUUCACCCAACGGAAAGGGUAAAUCCAAGGCCAGCAAUGGCUUAGAAGGCAUCGGCGAACCUUGGAAGGUGCAUGUAUUCAACACAUACUUUAUGUCAAAGUUGCAAGAGAUGGGCUAUGAAAAGUCUAGGCUCAAUAAAUGGACAAAGAAGGAUGGACGGAUUUCUUUGGAGAGGAUGGCCCUCAACAAGAGAACGGCUACGAUUGUGGGACAUGCCGUAUUUACGGCGCCGAAUGAUCCUAGAGAUUACGGCGCAGGAGUUGCCCCUACAGAGAUUGUGACUCUUAUUUUAGGAUUAUUUUGG